AUGACAGAUUUCAACAAUUUCAAAUCAUACUUCUUGACGAAUGAUCAAGGAUUGCAACCAUCACAAGAUAAUGAUCAAAAUUUCCUUCUAAGGCAGAGUCAGUAUCAAAAUCAAGCCACACUUCACAUUGACAUCCCUCACUCCACAAACCCAAGACAAUUUUUGAAUUUCGACGACUAUGCGAACAAUGCAAUCCAUUUCGAAGAUGCAAAUGCUCAAAUGAUGCGUUCCAACGAGCUCCUCGAAUCGGAACAAUAUGCACUAGCUAUGAUUGAAAAAUACGACAAUAAUAACAACAGCAAUGAAAAUCAACUCGAAAAUGAGGUUGAGGGCGAUGUUGCUAAGCCAUUGAUGAGGAAAGUUUCAAAGGCAAUCGGGAAUCCGCCUUCAGACGGAUACAAUUGGAGGAAAUACGGGCAGAAGAAUGUGAAAGGGAAUAACUUUCCGAGGAACUACUACAAAUGCACAUAUCCAAAUUGUGAGGCGAAGAAGAAGGUCGAAUACUCGGCCGAAGGUUAUGCCGCGGAAAUAAUCUAUAAGGGCUCACAUGACCACCCUCAAGUUAACCCCUCCUGUGAUCUCGUCAGUAUCUACUUAGCACAAGAAAUGACCUGCAAUCUCGAUAAUGAAGUUGAUAAUGACUUAAGAAACAGGAGGUUGGAUCAGUACGUUGCUACUUCUCAAAUGAGCUCAUCUUCGAGAUCUGCUCGCCAACAAAAGUGGGUGGCUCAAUUAGUAAGCGACCAUGAAGUGCUCGAUGAUGGAUACCGCUGGCGAAAGUAUGGGAGAAAGAUUGUGAAAGGAAACUUAAAACCAAGGAAUUACUAUAUGUGCACUCAUUAUGGAUGCAUAGUGAAGAAGCACGUGGAGAAGGAAGUAGAUGAUCAUAAUCGCAACAUCCUAUUGAUAACCUACGAAGGCCUCCACAAUCAUGGAAUUCCUACGACAAAGCACAAUAUUGACAACAAUUUGCAUUUUCCAUACAAUCAUCACAAUCAAGCUAAUAACUUGCAGUUCGAGACAAGAGUUGAGGCACCGACAACGACGAACCAAGAAGAAAGGUUCAUGAGAUUUGAAUGCCCUAAUCCUCUCAACACGGUUCAUGCAACACCAAUUAGUGUGGAACAAUGUCCUCGACCUAACUUGGGUUAUCGACCUAUCAUUAUGCCUUAUGUUGGCAUUCGUGGGCCUCUUGAACCAAAGGUAGAGCGCACACAAGAGUUCAAUGCGUCCUCCUCGAGGACACAAUUGCCUAUGCAAGAUAAUGUUCUCCAAGGAUGUGAUAUGACAGUGAUAAUGGCACCACCUCAGUCACGUCGAAUGUAA